UCAGGAACCAGCGGUCUGCCGAGUCAACACUUCGCAGUUCAACAGAAACUUGUGUGGGCGAAGGGGAAAUACGCUCAGAAGAUAAUGAAACCCGACUGUCCCUUCUUCUCUUCUUUGGCUUUGAAAUAAGUCUGUGAAAAGUUCGACGUUCAAUGUGAUUUGGCUGUCCCCAUCAUGUCCAAACGUGGGUCAUCCAAGCAUUCAAUGCACGGGGCGUUCCCGAGCCUGUGUGACCCCCCUCAGGGUCCUGGUAUCCAUGUUUACAUGUUCUGGUCAAAGGAAGGGGAAAGAUAUUUGUCCCAUACAGAUGGAGAAGUUACAGCAGAAGACCUGUGCAUCUCAGCUGCGGAGGCUGUAGGUAUAACUCCUCUAUGCCAUGUGUUGUUUGCGCUGUACAAUCCACAAUCAAGCUGCUGGUACAGUCCAAACCACACGUUUACUCCAGAGAACAGCCUUGUACUUCACUACUGUAUAAGGUUCUACUUUCGGAACUGGCACGGACUCAGUGGGAAGGAGCCGAGUGUUUACCGUUAUGCUCUCAGAUCUGGGGCAGGUCAGGGAGGUUCUCCCUUGCUUGAAAUCGCAUCCUUACAAUACCUGUUCUCCCAGGCUAAAUAUGAAUUUGUGAACGAAGUGGUACAGGUGGAAGACGUGGACUCAGAGGAGAAGUUGAAUCGCUUCGAAAAUGAGAGCUUGGGGAUGGCUGUGCUUCAACUCUCACAUCAGGCAAUGCAAACAGGCUGCUCCUUGCAAGAUGUUGCCCAACAAAUCAGCUUCCUACGAUGCAUUCCAAGAUCUUUCGCCAAACACAUUUCCAGAGUCAACUUCCUGACGAAAAUCAGGAUCCGUCGGGUGUUUGCAGAGUUUGUGCGGACCUUCCAGCAGCACACUGUUGAUAAGGGGAGACUGGGCGCACAGGAAAUCAUGUACAAGUACAUCUCUACUCUUGAACACUUGUCACUGAGUUUUGGAACAGAAACCUUCUCUGUAUCCCAGCUGGAGCUUCGAGAGGACGGGGAUGGAAGCAGCUCUUUCUCCAACACCGCCCAAACAGAGGGUGCCUCAAAAGACAGCUUUAUAGAUCCCGCCACACACGAGAUAAUGGUGUCAGGCACCAAGGGGAUUCAGUGGAGGAAAGUCUCUGGUCAGAAGGCACUGGCAAACACUUACCUCAGAAAUGACUACAUGAAGAAAACAAAACAGUCCGACCAACCGAACGCAAACACUCCCAACAAAUGGACGUCCUUCUGUGAUUUCCCUGAAAUUACGCACAUAGCCCUCACUGGAGAUAAUGUGUGCAUUAGCACUCAGGACAACCACUGCAUGGAGGUUCAGAUGAACUCCAGCCAGGAGGCCCGUUCCUUCAUCUCCCUGCUAGAUGGAUACAACCGGCUGACUGCAUUCGCCCACCACUUUCUUUGUCAUGAAGUGGCUCCCCCAAGGGUAGUGCUGAGUGUAGCAAAUGGACUGCAUGGACCUAUGCAUGAUGAUUUUGUGCUGCUGAAGCUGAAAAAGGAGGCAGAGGAGGGAGCUUUCCUGGUACGCUGGAGUGCCCUCGACUAUCACCGCAUCAUCCUAGCAGUCAUGAAAAAAAAUGAGAAUGGAUCAAGGCCAAACCACAAGCAGUUUCGGAUUCAGCUCAAGGGUUCCAAGUUCUGUCUGGAGGGCUGGGAUCGAGAGUUCUCCAGUAUGAAGGAGCUCACAGAAAGCCUCAAGACCUUUGUGCUCCAGUCUGGUUCGGACAGCUUUACUGUCAAGAAAUGCUGUUUUCCAAAACAAGCAGAGCUCUCCAACCUUCUGGUGAUGAGGCAAGGUGCUCGCACGGAGUCCUUGUUCCUGAACACAACUCAGCUGCGCUUCCACCAGAUCAAGGACAGAGAGCUCGUACAGGAACAACAUUUGGGCCGCGGGACAAGAACUAACAUCUACUCAGGACGUCUGCUGGUGCGAGGCGGGGGGGAAAAUGAUGAGGAUGACGAGUUCAACAACAACAACUUGGCUGACCGCAAAGGAAUCCCUGUGGUUCUCAAGAUUCUGGACCAAAGUGAUAAAGAUAUCGAUAUAGGUUUUUUAGAAACUGCGAGUCUCAUGAGCCAGGUGUCCCACAGUCACCUGGUGUUUGUACAUGGCGUGUCAGUCAAAGGAUCUGAAAAUAUCAUGGUGGAAGAAUUUGUGGAGUUUGGGCCUUUGGAUGUUUUCCUUCGAAAGGAAAAGGCAUCUGUGACUCCUCAGUGGAAAUUCAUUGUUGCAAAACAGCUUGCCAUUGCCCUCAAUUAUCUUGAGACCAAACGGCUGUUUCAUGGAAACGUCUGUGCUAAGAACAUUCUGGUGGCAAGGCGAGGUCUCGAGCUUGGCACCUCUCCUUUUGUCAAGCUGAGCGACCCAGGAAUUGCCCUGAGUGUCCUUUCAAGGGAAGAGCGUCUUGAGCGUAUCCCCUGGAUUGCCCCCGAGUGUGUGGAAAGCGGCGCACCCAUUGGAAAUGUUGCUGACCAGUGGAGCUUUGGCGUUACCUUGCUGGAAAUCUGCAACAACGGCGAUCUUCCAAUGAGUGGCAGCACAUUGUCAGAGAAAGAGCGCUUUUAUCAACAAAAGGGCCGUUUAGCAGAACCAUCCUCCCAGGAACUGGCUCGCUUCAUCAACAUGUGUAUGACCUACGAGCCAAUGGAGAGGCCUUCGUUCCUCACUGUGCUCAGAGAGCUCACAGACAUCAUAAUCAAAAAUCCGGAUAUAUCCCCCAGUGAAAGUCUCCCUGACUCAGACCCGAGCGUGUUCCACAAACGCUACCUGAAAAAGAUGAGGGACUUGGGAGAGGGACACUUUGGGAAGGUGACUCUCUACCAGUACGACCCGGCCAAUGAUGGGACAGGAGAGCGCGUGGCCGUGAAGGCUCUGAAACAAGAGAACAGUCAAGUGCUUGAAGGCUGGAUGAAGGAGAUUAACAUCCUCAAGUCCCUCUAUCACAGCAACAUUGUCAAGUACAAAGGCUGUUGUACUGAACUCGGAGGACAGGUGGUGCAGCUGAUAAUGGAGUACCUUCCUCUGGGGAGCCUGAAGGAGUACCUUCCCAAACGUAAGCUGGGAAGGCCUCAGUGCCUUAUGUUCGCUCAGCAGAUCUGUCAGGGUAUGGAGUACUUGCACUCUAAACGAUACAUCCAUCGAGACCUCGCUGCCCGAAAUGUCUUAGUGGAAAAUGAGAGUUUGGUGAAGAUUGGAGACUUUGGCCUGACCAAAUACAUCCCUGAAGGCGAUGUCUACUAUCGUGUCCGUGAGGAGGGGGACAGUCCCGUCUUCUGGUAUGCCCUUGAGUGCUUGAAGGAAUACAAAUUCUCCUUUGAGUCAGAUGUUUGGUCCUUUGGCGUUACGUUGUAUGAGAUCCUGACCCGCUGUGUACAUCGCCAAAGCCCGCAAGAGAAGUUCAGGGAAAUGAUGCAAGACACCAAGGAACACAUGACUGUGAUGGUGCUCAUAAAGCUGUUGGAGAAGCAGCACCGAUUGCCUGGCCCCGAAAACUGUCCACAUGAGGUGAAGAUUUUAAUGGAGCAGUGUUGGGCUGCAGACUCAGCACAACGGCCAUCAUUCACAACCCUCAUCGAAAAGUUUGAGGCCAUUCGCCAUACAUACUGCCACUCCAAUAUAAAGUUUUCCUCGGCUCAGAUUAGCUGAACAGGACUGUGAAGAACCAGCUUGUCCACAUGGCAUCCCUCUGCCACCAUAACCACAUUACAGGCUAACCAGUUGUGUUUCCGCUGUGCAAUGCCUGCUGCCUUCAUUUACAUAGAUAUCUUUACAUUUAUUUUUUGAUAAAAGCAAACAGCUAUCCUCUCAUAUGUGAUAUGUGACCAAGCGGUACUUAAUCAGUGUGUUUGUUUUCCUGUCAUUUGAGUUAACUUUCAUCUUUCCUUCUCUUACAAUAAUAAUAGGUUUGCAUAUAUCACAGUAAGUAUUAAGAAUUCCUGUAAGGUUGUGAGAUUUCUCUUUCAUUUGAUGUUUUUUAAAUGUUUUGUCUGUUUUAACUUUCGUUUCAUUAUGUAUAAACCAAAAGAACAAAUUCAAAAUAUAAUACACAUUUCUUUUCAUGACAGUCUAUUAAAAACUGAAACUUAUUUAUCAAAAAGUGUAAAUGAAUGCUUUACAGCUAAAUAUCUGUUACAUGAAAAGUAAUUGAUCAUAACCUAAGGGAUGUCCUAUAAUUAACUUUUAUAUUCGAGACAGAUAACUGACCUGGGAAAUAUCCUGUAUUAUGUUCACCUUUUAAAUGCAUCCAAUACCGUUGGCUGAACCAGACCAGUCAAUCUGUUGGCAAUCCUGCACCUGUGAUCUUGCUGCACAGCGACAACAAAAAUCAACAGAAUUAAUGCUACUCUGACAUUGGACGAUAUUUUUUUACUGAUUUACUCGAUAGCUGCAUAGAAUUGUUGGUAUGAGCUGGCCAAAUGAUCCAUGACAGAUGCACACAGCUGUCCUGGCAUGCAGAAUAUAUUCAUUUUAACAGGUGUUCGGAUCUGGACAGACAAAAAUCCAAUACAAAUGAAAAGUUACAAAGGUUCUCUGUUUUGCCAUUGGCUUUCCAACUUUCUAAAAGCGGAAAUAAAGUGCAGAAAAGACCAAAGGCUAGUAUGCGUAAUGUAUAUUGUCUAGUACUGUAAGUAAUAUUCCAUAAUGUACACACCAUCAGCUGACACUCUUCCUACAUGCUAUGGUACUGUUCCUCAUGGGAACCGAGGAAAGAAAGUGUCUUCCAAUUAAAAAAUAUUGUGAUAGGAUUACAUUUUGCAAUUUAGACUUAUUUUAUUUAAACACAUUUUUAAUUGUACAGUAUGUCCAAUGUAGUGAACCUGAAGACCUUUUUGGUGAAAAGUAAUGUAUGUAAAGUAUGUAACAUAGUAUGCCUAUAGAUUGAUAUUAAUACAGGAAUACGUUCACAUAAGUAAUUGAUCUGAACAUUGUUGUAUAGUUGGACACUAAACUAGUUUGUUUUUUGUUGUCAAUGUACUGGGAAAAGCACUAAAUUGGAUUCCAGUCUGCACAGGGUGUAGGGUCAUCUUGACUUGUUUCAUGGAUGUGGUCUCCAAUUGAUCAUACUCAUAGGAACAAACUUUGAAUUCCUGAGGCAAUUCUAAUUUUUCAUGGCACCACUUCAAUAAAAAAGCAAUAAAACAGA